AUGAGUAUGGAUCAUCAUGGGUAUAGCGUCUCAGACAAGGCAGCAGCAGCCAAAGAAAGCCUUGUGAGUACUAUUAGUAGUAGGGGAGGUCAUAAUACUAGUUUUGAUGAAACCAAGAUGAUGAUGAUGAUGAAUAUAGUCCAUCAUCAUGAUAAUCACCACCGUCCAUUAGUCCCAUCAUGUAUGACUACUACUGGUGAUGGUCCCACAUUUAACAGCAGUGAUAUAUACGAUGUUGUUGAUGCUGGUGGUUUUGGUGCUGCUGCUAGUGGUGGUGCAGUUGGUGUAAGAACUUUGCAGUUCAAAUCCUCUGGAGACAUGGCAGCAGCUUUGGGAUAUCCUUUUACAAAUGCUCAGUUGAAGGAGCUUGAGAGACAAGCAAUGAUAUACAAGUACAUGAUGGCCUCUGUUCCUGUGCUUCCUGAGCUUCUCUUUCCCAGAACUUACUCAGACCCAUCUCCACCUAACUCUUCCUGUAAAUAUUCACCCUCUUUCGUUUUCUCUUUUUUCUUGGUGGGUUUGUCUUAUUUUGCUCCAAAGUUGCCAACUUUGUGCUUUAUUUUGGUUUCUGAAGUAGGUGGAGGUCUUAAUCUGAGGUUGUCAAAUGGGGCAGAUCUUGAGCCAGGAAGGUGCAGGAGAACAGAUGGGAAGAAAUGGAGGUGCUCAAGAGAUGUGGCGCCUGACCAAAAGUACUGUGAGCGUCACAUGCACAGAGGUCGUCCCCGUUCAAGAAAGCAUGUGGAACUUCAAGCCAACAAGAAGACUCGUUAUAAUUCUAAUUCUUCUGUCAACAACAUCGGUACUAGUAGUAGCUCUAUAUCUCAGUUCGCUGGAGCUGUUUCAGAGGCAUUUCCUCAAACACCUUUGUUUACUGAUAAAACCAGGGAUAGAGCUCCUAACUUUAACGAUUCCAGGAGCUUGGAUUGGAUGAUCAUGAGAGACUCAACAUGUGAUCAACAAUGGCUUCAUAAUACCAAUAUAGCAGCAGACACAAACAUCUCUCUUCUCAACCAAGCGUCUCUGGAUCUGAAUAUAUAUACAGAUUUCAGCGUGAGUGAAGAUCAUCAUCAACAGAGCAAUAAUCAUCAUCACCACCAUUUGUUUCCUGGUGUGAAUUCUUCUCUGGAGAGAGAACUCACAGAGGGCCCAAGAGACUUCCUUGAUGCCUGGUCUGAGGGACACAAUAAGCACAACUCCAUUUCCACAAAUGGGAACUUGUCACUUUCUUCUUCACUCACGCUAUCAAUGGCCGCUCACAGCUCCAUGAAUGAUGAGAUGGGUCAGAUCCGCAUGGGGCUAGGCCUUAUAGAAUCGGACCAGGGCCAACCCACUUCAUGGGUGGGCUCGACACUCGGUGGUCCACUAGCAGAGGUACUAAGACCUAGCAUCAUCACCGGAAAUGGAGAUUCCUGUAGCCCUCAGGCGACCUCUUUGUCCUCUCCAUCUGGGGUUAUUCGGAGAACAAUGGCUUCAUUGUCCGACAGCAGUGGGAGUAGCAGCCCAACAACAUUGGCCAGUUCAUCCAGGAUCAGACCUGAGAUUGCAUUGAUAUGGUGGGAUAAAGAGAAAUUAGCAUCUUCUGGUUGAGUUCUUGAGAGUGCUUUGUUUGAUAUCUUAUCAUGUGUUUUCCUUUUUGGGUGUGCUUUAAUUCAAUGAUUUUGUUAUGUUGAUGUGGUCAUUUGUUCACUUGAAACAGUUUUUUAGGUGUUCUAUACAUAUAUUGUUAUAAAUUCCGAAAGUUUAGAAU